CUUCAAGUAAAAAUAAAUCACCUAAAAUACUGAAUUUCUGAAACAUUCAUCGAAAAGUAGUGUUGCAGUCUGUUGCAUGAGAUAAAUACCAGAAUGAAGUUACAGUGGUUUCUACUGUUCCUAUUGUCAACGUACUUAAUUUCUUCAAUAGAUGGUGAUAUGACAGAUUUUAUUUUGAAGCAGAUUGCUUUACAACCAGAAGUGAAUAACAUAUUACAUUUUAGAGAAUAUGGAGAUGGAGAAGAACCACAAAAAUACGAUUUCGUGAUAAUUGGGUCAGGUUCAGCAGGAUCCGUGAUUGCCAACAGACUAUCCGAGGUACCUCAAUGGAGAAUCCUUCUUUUAGAAGUGGGUCGCGAAGCUACAGGGUUCUCCGACAUACCCUUCCUAGCACCGGCUCUACAAUUCACUGAUCUCAACUGGGGAUACACCAUGGAGCAGCAGGAAGGGGUAGCUCUGGGUAUGGUCAACGAAAGGAUGCCUUGGCCCAGAGGGAAGGUUUUGGGUGGAUCGACAGUCAUCAACUAUAUGCUGUACGUACGUGGAAAUAAGGAAGAUUACAACAACUGGGAGAAGAUGGGCAAUCCAGGUUGGGGAUACAAGGAUGUCCUCAAAUAUUUCCUUAAAUCUGAGGAUGCCAUGCUGGCUGUGAACGACACAGAGUAUCAUGGGAAGGGAGGUUACCAAACCGUCCAAGAUGUUCCCUUCAGGACAGAAUCGGCUGAUGGGUGGGUGAAAGCUAGUCAGGAAGCUGGUUACAAAUACGUGGACUAUAAUGGCAAACAGCAGCUAGGAGUUUCGUACGUUCAAGGAACAAUAACGAAUGGCAGAAGAUGCAGCGUCGAAAAAGCCUUCUUAAGACCUGCGAAGGACAGGCCAAACUUAACUAUACUCACAGGAGCUAGAGCUACUAAAAUUCUCAUUGAUCCAGUAACACGAGAGGCUUACGGUGUUGAAUAUAUCAGAAGGGGACGUACUUACACGGCCAUGGCUGAAAAGGAAGUUAUUUCUUCGGCUGGAACUUUCCAUUCGCCACAACUCCUCAUGCUGUCAGGCAUCGGACCAAAGGAUCAACUCGAAUCACUCAACAUUCCCAUAAUCCAGGACCUCCAAGUGGGACAGAAAUUGUACGAUCAUCUCUUAUUCGUAGGUCUUUUGUUCAGCGUAAACGAAUCCAUAACUAUCACACCUGCAGAUGUGCUCCCAAUAACAUCAUUUAUUGAAUGGAAAUUUGGAAGAGGUCCAUACACCUUACUUGGAGGAGUGGAAGCUGUCACUUAUAUAAAGGUUAAGGAAGAGGGGCCGACCUCUCUACCUGACAUCGAGCUUCUAUUCCUCGGUUUAGGACUCCACACAGACGCUGGGGCGUUAGUAAGAAAGAGUCUUGGUUUAACCGACGAAUCAUUCAACGCGUUAUGGAAACCACUGAUAGGAAAACCGGGUUUUCAAAUUUUUCCAAUGUUGCUCCAUCCCAAAUCAUAUGGGAACAUCGAGCUCACUUCUAAAGAUCCACAGGAAGCUCCUUUAUUCUACGGAAACUAUUUCACGGAUCCUGAGGAUGAGGAUAUGAGAACUCUCAUUGCUUCCAUACGCGAAGUCCAAAGGAUUGUGAACACCAGCCCAUCCCUGCAAAAGUAUGGCGCUAAAAUGGUUCCUUGGUCCAUAGCCGGUUGCGAGAAUGAAGAAUUUGAUUCGGACGAUUAUUGGAGGUGUGGACUACAACAUUUGGCGAUAACACUGCAUCACCAAACGUCAACAUGCAAAAUGGGCCCUAAAAAGGACCCUGAAGCUGUUGUUGACCAUGAGCUGAAGGUGUACGGGAUCAAGAAGUUGAGAGUGGCUGAUAGCAGUGUGAUACCCCUACCUUUAGCGGCUCACAUAAAUGCACCCACCAUCAUGGUAGGAGAGAAGGCUGCAGAUAUGAUUAAAGAAGAAUGGAAGAAGACAAACAAGGACAGUUUGUGAAUGUCAGAAUGGGCAAUAAGGCGUAAAUAUUUAGAAGCAUUUUAAAAGGACUGAGAUAAUGUUUCAUUGGUU